UACCUUUUUAUUAGCUUACAUGGUGCGUGAAAUUUCCUAAUUAACUUAACUGUUCGAUAAUCUGAAUUUUUGGAAGUAUUUAGUCAGAAAUGUUCAGGAUCGUGACAUUUCUAACUUUACUGUGUCUUCUUCGGUUCGCAAGAGGCAAUUUCCGUAAGUGUUUUUCUUUAUCUCAUUUUAUGAAUGUCUAUUUUCGAUUAAUCCUCCAUUUUUCCGAAGGCACGUGCGUUCCGAACACGCAGUUUUUUCUGAAUGAGCGCAUAUGCUACUGCGACGGGAAGGGCCAGUGGACUGAGGCCAGCUGCCACAAACUCUGCAAGCCCGGCCAGACGGUGUGGCACGGCUGCAGCCAGUGCGUCUGCCAGGACAACGGACAACUGCUCUGCAACAACAUCAACUGCUCCGAAGACCAAAAAACAAUCCCAGUCACUAAAGCUAUCAGCUCCAUAGGACACUGGUGUACUCCCCUAAGAAUAUACUACGUCGACUGUAAUGUCUGCGUCUGUCCAGAAUCAGGAAAAACUGCCAAUGUACACUGCGUCAAAGACAACUCUUGUACAGCUCUAAGAACUCCCUCUAUAUCCGACCUAUUGGCAUCUAACAAAAACACAUGCAAACCGAGUGUAUUGUACGUCUUCCAUUGUCUCCAAUGCUUAUGUUCCGAAGAAGGAAUCUUCACCCUGAACAAUUGUGUAGAAACUUGUCCACCCAAUCCAAAGCAAAGUCUUACGCGUACAUGCACACCUCACUCGUUCUACAGAAAUGAAUGUAACGUAUGUUUGUGCCCAAGUGACGGAAUACAUAGUGACUCCUCCUGCACUCAAGAAGUAUGUGAUGACACAUUUAAGUUUAAAGUCCUUCAAGCUUUAACAUCAGAAAGUAAAACGUGCAUUCCUCACCAAUUCACCUCACCUCAAUGCCUGUACUGUCAUUGCAAUCCAGACGGAACGAUUAACCAACAAACUUGCCUAGAACUCAAAUGCUUAAAUACAUACUUCCACGAAUACAGUGUAAGGAGCACUUGCACUCCAGGAGAAAUGGUACCGUUCUGCACAGAAUGCUUCUGCCUUCGCAACGGUUCAACACAUCACGAUUACUGUACAAGAGGUUGUUCAUAUCGAAACAAAAUACUGACUCUGGAAAAAAUAUUUAAAGACACUAAAAAUAAUCAACUAUUGGACUUUCAUGCUUUUGAUACAAAGACUAAUGCAUUGACAUGCGAACAAAAUUCAAUAUAUGUUGAAAACGAUAAAUUCUGUCUAUGCCCCGAUAGCCACACUAAAGAGAAAUCUUGCUUAGUAGCAGUUAAGAAAACGUUAAUUCUCGAAAAUCCUUUAACUAAAUUUGAUUUUAAAGAGAGUAAUAUAAACAUAGACUUCAGUAAACCCUGUAUGCCAAGUACAUUUGUAGAAUUUGACUGUAACACUUGCUUUUGCUCUAAAAAUGGAACUAUUGACCCUGAUUGGUGCACCUAUGACGACUGUGAUGCCAUUCGGAUUAUUCAUGAAGCUCAAAAAGCUCAUGGACCUGUGGCUAAAGAACUACCAACAUGCGUCCCCGGAUCUAUAACCGAAAUUAGCUGUAACUUCUGUAUCUGUCCCGAUAAUGGCCUGUCCAAGGACAGAGCGUGUACAAAAAACCGUUGCAGUGACGUGGAACCGGCGGCGACCUCUACCGACAAUUUUGACUGCGACCCGUUAGAAUAUUACGAGGUGGAUUGCAACAUUUGCUUGUGCCCCGGUGACGGCAUCAAAAACGUGGCAAAGUGCACUAAGAACAUCUGCGAAGACAAUUUCCUAAGAUCGGAUGCAUGUGUACCCGGGAAGCUUUUCAGUGAAGAGUGCAACAUCUGUAUAUGUCCUCCUGAUGGCAUGAAAAGUGACAGAGUUUGUACUAAACACGAUUGUAAAAAGGCAGACACGACAUGGAAGAAGAUAUACCAGUAUUCUAACAGUAUAAUAGAGGAACUUCCAGAUAACGGAGACGUUAGUGAGAAAAAGUUGGAUCAUUGCUUCCCCGGUGAGCAGUUUACAAUUGAUGGGCACUUUUGCGUGUGUCCCGAGAUGGGAUUCAAGAUGUACGCGACAUGUUCCAACUCCGCUCGUGAAGGAGAUGAAAUUAAUUUCAGAGCAAAGGAUAGCACUGAAACAUCUACGAAUUCGAGUAUGGGCAUCGCUGACUCUUUCCCACCUACACAGAUAACACAGAAACCAGAACCUGUCGAAACGUGCUUCGUUCACAACGAUAUGACAUUACCAGCGAAUGAAACUGUUAUAAAAUGCACUCCAGGAUCCAUGUAUGUUAAGGGAUGUCAGCAAUGCUUAUGUCCGGUCGACGGUGAUAAGAUAGAGUACUGCCGCCAUAUUAAUACUAUGCAAUGCAAUUCUACUGAGUCCUCGUACAUGAGAAGCAGAGGAGCCCGCACUAACACGAAGAACAUCGCUGUCUCGCCGCACCAGCACACUCGCUACAAGUGCGCGCGCGGGACAGAGAGGGACGCAUGCCACGCGUGCGAGUGCGAACGGGACGGCAUGAUCCGCGAGCACUGCUUCAGCAGCGCCGCCGCUGAGUGCGCGGGAGUUGAACCCACGUUCUUGAGGGAAAGGAUUUAAGGAAUAAUAAAAUAAACUAAGUC